AUGCUCGGGCCUUCUAUUUCUUGUUGGUCCCAAGUUUCAGGCAAAUGGCCCUUGCGAACGUGCUUGUCCUGGUCUAAUCGUGUCGUCUCUGGGGCUGAACCCAUCGGCGGGUUGCGCCUGAUGAGCAACUACAGGAUCGUGCACCUGAGGCAAUUGGAGAGCACGGUGGUGGGUAUGAGAAGGAGCGGGCUUGUGAAAAGUCUAGUGUUCGGGGCAACAUCGGAGGAGAAGGGAGGCGGAGGCACUCAAGAGGUUGGAGGACGUGUACUUGGAUCUGGUGCCAAGGCGGGCCUGCCGAAGCUGGUGAAGGAGUCGCUGGCGGAGGCGAGUAUUUAUAUCGGACGACUCGGGGGGCGGUGGAGUGGUUCUACGGGAACUACCCGACACAUGAUCAAAAACUUGUGGUGUACAGUAUGUAGGAGAUGGAAGUGA